AUGGAAUCUCGUGACCUUCGACCUUCCUUAAGUGAGCUUCAGGAGCGAAUACGUUCUUUAACUGAGGAAAAUAUAUCAAAGGAACUUGUGGAGGUGCAGAUAAAAGGCAACAAGAUACGGGAGCAAUAUGAAGAGGAAACCUUUGAGUUGAAAAACAAGAUUCUGAACCAGGAGAGUGUGGUGAUGGAUCUGGAGCUGGAGAGAGACAAGCUUGGUAGGGAGAUCCAGUCCGCUACGACUCGUCUUCAGCUGGCUGAGAAGACCAGCGGGGACUUGGCGGAGGAGUACGUGACCCUGAAGAGGAACCACCUAGCCCUGACUGAGGCCCAGGAGCGAGAAGUAGCCCAGAACGAGGAGCUGAGUGCUGAGCUGCUGGAGAUGGCCCAGGCUCAGGACGCCCUCCGCAGGAAGUUGGAAGAACUGCAGCGAGAUAGGGCCUCCACUCAGGGUCUUUACGGGGAGGGGGGCCAGGAGCAGGACAGGGUGCGGGCGCUGGUCAGCCGCAUGUCACACAACAGAAUCAGGCCUGAAGACCUGGCUGUGAUGGACCAAGAGCGUAAAAGCAUGGAAAAGAGUUUGCUCGGUAACCAGGAUGAGAUCAAAGACAUGCUGGAGAAGAUGAAGCAGGGCUACGAGGAGCAGCAGCGCAGGCUGGAAGAGAGAGUGGUGGCCAUGGACAAGGAGCAGCUGGAGAACAAGAGAGGCAUCCGAAACACUCAGCAGAAACUGUCUGAACAGACUGCGACCCUCCUGAGCUCCCAAAGCCAGCUGAAGGAGGUGGAGGAGGAGAACUCCAAGUUGCAGAUGCAGGUGAAGGAGCUGAACGAGGAGUACCGUGCCAGGCUGGUGCACUACUUACAUGACCUGGCUGAGUACAUGGACGGGCUAGCGGAGGGAAAAGGGGGGAAGGGCCCCCCUGAGCGGGUGAAGAUGAGGGGCUUUGUGGACAGCAUGCUCCAGGAGGUGCGCUCCUCCUACAGGGCAAGAGAGGAGCAGCUGGCCUCCGCCGCUCGCUCCUACAAGAAGAGACUGCAGAGGACCACCAAGACCCACCAAGCCCUGCUCAUCGCGUACAGGGUGCUGAGGGAGCAGGUGCUGGGCCAGCCAGAGAGCGGUCUGGACCCUGGCCUCCCUGAGGCCCACUUCAGCCUGCAGCCCAGUGAGCUGAGCGGGGAGAAGGAGAGGGAGCUGCAGCACCUGCGCCAUGACAAGGCCUCGCUGGAGAGCCGGCUCAGGGACGCCCAGCAGCAGAUGCCAGUUUUCACCAAACCAGUUCAGAUGGUCAACCUUCAAGAUGCUGGGAAAUCUGGACCAAUUUCCAGUCUGGCCUGGGCAGACAUCAGGAAACAGCUACGAGAGAUAACCAACUCUACACAGGAGGCUCACGAGCGGGAACGUGCUCAGCUGAUAACCAGGGCAACUGUUGCCGAGGAGCAGGUUUUGGAGCUGCAAGAUUAUGUCGACAAACACCUGGGCAGAUACAAACAGGAAGUGACACGUCUGCGCAGACUGCAUGGGCUGGAGGAGGACCGGUCACAUAGCGCUGAGGCACAUAGGCCACGCCCACCUGGCCGCCCCACCAUGAAUACCAGCCAUGAAAUCUGAUCACCCUCUCUACCUUCAUCUAAAAUGGAUUAUUCAGAGUUGCACUUUAAAGAUCUAGAAUAAUGUUUGUUAAAAUGUAAUGGAUUAAUGACAAAUAAAAUUACAACAUAUCAGAUAUUCA